AUGGUUGGUGAUACUAUAAUGAAGAUGAAAUCUAAAGUCGAACUUCCUAUAAUUAAAAAUACAAAUGCUGCAGCCCAUCCAAAUGCUGUAUUUACGAGCCGACCAUUAAGUUCCCUGAUAAAGACAGCAUUAGCACUGCAAAAUGUUCAAUUAAAUUGUUUACCAGUUACAGGUGAAGCACACUACAUUACUAGAGAAAAUUUAUUUGAUAUAGUGAAUGAAAGUAUUGCGCCGGAUCUUGAAUCAUUUAAUAAAAUUGAUCAACGUUUAGAUUAUGAUCAAGUUUUUUAUUCUUAUCAUGAUGAUAAUCUAAACUCUGAAAAAGUUUUGAAUAAUAAAUGUCAAUCAUUUUAUAACUUUUAUGAAAAUAUGAAAAAUAAAGAUAAUUCAAGUAAAUCAAAUAAACAUCCAAAAAUGAAUUUAACCACCCUUUUGAACGAUCAAGAUUCGAAUGAUCAAGACUUUUAUUUUUGUCAACGUGAUAAUUUAAAUUUUGAAAAUAUUUAUCAUAACGAUAAUAUUUCACUUACUAAAAAUGACCAAUAUUCUACAAUGGAUUCAAUACCUUUUCAAUAUUCCACAACAGAUUUAAUGCCUUUUCAAUAUUCUACAACGGAUUUAAUGCCUUUUUAG